AUGAAGACUCCCGUUCUCUUGGUUCUUGUGAUCUGUACAGUCGUCAGCACAAAUUUGAAGUUGGUAUCAAAGAGAAAUUCCGUUGAUGGUUGCAUUGACUGGUCAGUGGAUCUCAAGACAUACAUGGCUUUGGCAGGUGAACCAGUCCGAGUGAAAUGUGCCCUUUUCUACAGCUAUAUCAGGACUAAUUAUAGUAUGGCCCAAAGCACAGGUCUUAGGCUUAUGUGGUACAAAAACAAAGGAGAUUUAGAAGAACCCAUUAUAUUUUCAGAAGUUAGGAUGAGCAAGGAUGAAGAUUCAAUAUGGUUUCAUUCGGCUGAGUUGCAAGACAGUGGAUUCUACACGUGUGUUUUAAGAAACUCCACCUAUUGCAUGAAGGUGUCAAUGUCCUUGACAGUGGCUGAGAAUGAAUCUGGGCUUUGCUACAACAGCCAGAUCCGAUAUUUGGAAAAAUCAGAAGUCAUGAAAAGAAAGAUAAUCUCCUGCCCCGAUAUUGAGGAUUAUAAAACAUCAAAUCAAGAGCCGGAAGUAGUAUGGUACAAGGAAUGUAAGCCAAAAAUGUGGAGAAGCGUCGUAAUUCAGAAAGGAAAUACUCUUUUAAUUCAAGAAGUCCAGGAAGAAGAUGGAGGAAAUUAUACUUGUGAACUAAAGUUUGAAGGCAAACUAAUAAGAAGAACAACUCAGUUAAAGGUUACAGCUUUGCUCACCGACAAACCUCCAAAACCAUUGUUCCCCGUGGAGAACCAGCCGAGUGUCAUAGAUGUCCAGCUGGGUAACCCACUAAGCAUUGACUGCAAAGCAUUCUUUGGAUUCAGUGGAGAAUCGGGCCCCAUGAUCUACUGGAUGAGAGGGGAAAAAUUCAUUGAAGAACUAGAAGGUCACAUUAGAGAAGGGGAAAUCAGACUCCUCAAAGAACAUCUUGGAGAGAAAGAAGUGGAAUUAACAUUAACCUUUGAUGCUGUUGGGGAGGCAGACCUGGCUAACUACACCUGCCACGUGGAAAACCGAAAUGGACGUAAGCAUGCCAGUGUCCUUCUGCGUAAAAAAGAUUUGAUCUACAAAAUAGAGCUUGCCGGAGGAUUGGGAGCUAUCCUUCUCCUGCUUAUUUUGCUUGUGACUAUCUAUAAAUGCUACAACAUAGAGUUAAUGCUAUUCUAUAGACAGAAUUUUGGAGGUGAUGAAUCUAUGGAUGACAACAAGGAAUACGAUGCCUAUCUCUCUUACACCAAAGUGGAUCCAGAUGCAUUAGACUGUGAUAAUAACGAAGAGGAGCAGUUUGCACUUGAAAUACUGCCAGAUGUUCUGGAAAAACAUUAUGGAUACAAACUCUUCAUUCCAGAUAGGGACCUGAUCCCUAGCGGGACAUACAUUGAAGAUCUCACAAGAUGUGUUGAGCAAAGCCGAAGACUCAUUAUCGUGUUAACUCCAGACUAUGUUCUCAGGAGAGGAUGGAGUAUUUUUGAGAUGGAAAACAGACUCCAUAACAUGCUAGUCAGUGGAGAAAUCAAAGUUAUUUUGAUUGAGUGUACUGACUUAAAAGGCAAAGUGAAUUACCACGAAGUGGAAUCUUUAAAGCACACCAUCAAACUUCUCUCAGUGGUCAAGUGGAAAGGACCAAAAAGCAGCAAACUGAAUUCUAAGUUUUGGAAGCGCUUAGUCUAUGAAAUGCCAGCGAAGAAAAAAGAGGUUUUAUCUCGGCGCCAAGUCCUGGACUCUGCAGAACAGGGACUUUUUGGAGACCUCCAAACUGUACCAUCUCUUGCCAUGACAGGCGCCUCUGCCACUUUUGUAGCAUCUCAAGCAGAUUUAGCCGAUUACCAUCAAACGGAUUCCAUGCAAAUGAGACAUUAUUGCAGAGGAUACGAGUAUGACAUGUCAGCGGCAACCAUGCCAAUAGCUUCCAUAAGUAAUCACCACACCUAUUGUAACAUACCCUUGACACUACUAAAUGGACAGCUACCUCUUAAUAAUACCAUGAAGGACACCCAAGAAUUUCACAGGAACAACCCAUUGCUACCUUUAUCAUCCCAGGAAUUUAGCUUCACAAGUGAUAUUUGGUAG